AAAAAGAGGGACCUUCACGAGGCAAAAAAAAGAAUACACAUGUUAGGGCUCGCUCACCUUUGACUGUCAUCGAUGCCACUAAGGAGGAGAUCGGGUAGGAGGAUAGAUGCCACUGAGGAGAUCGGGUAGGAGGCUCCAUUUCACAAAAAUGUCAGAGGGGAACAAAGGGGGAAGAGGUGAGAUCAGGUUGGAUUGAUACCAGCAGAAGGAUCGGUGACAGAUUUAUCUUCUGGAAUUGAAUUCUGAUCGGUAAAUGAUUGGGCUCCAUUGAUCUGAAGAAGAUAGGGGUGCUGGAACGAGAAUCUGCUGGAUUCUCUAUUUUCAGCCAAUGGCUUCAGUGAGUGUAGCCCCUGCUUCUGUAUUGAGAGAAGCUAGUGGCAAUAAUGUCGCUGUUGAUAGAUUGCCCGAGGAGAUGAAUAACAUGAAAAUUAGGGAUGAGAAGGAGAUGGAAGCAACUGUUGUUGAUGGGAAUGGGACAGAAACAGGGCAUAUCAUUGUGACUACCAUUGGUGGGAGAAAUGGACAGUCAAAGCAGACGAUUAGCUACAUGGCUGAGCGUGUUGUUGGGAAUGGAUCAUUUGGAAUUGUCUUCCAGGCCAAAUGCUUAGAGACUGGUGAAACCGUGGCAAUAAAAAAGGUUCUUCAAGACAAGCGGUACAAGAACCGUGAAUUGCAAACAAUGCGUCUUCUAGACCACCCAAACGUUGUGUCUCUAAAGCACUGUUUCUUUUCAACAACUGACAAGGAUGAACUUUAUCUUAAUUUGGUACUUGAGUAUGUUCCCGAGACCGUUCAUCGGGUGAUCAAACACUAUAAUAAGAUGAACCAAAGAAUGCCACUCAUAUAUGUGAAACUUUAUACCUAUCAGAUUUGUAGGGCAUUGGCUUACAUUCAUGGCAGUAUUGGAGUUUGCCACAGGGACAUAAAGCCUCAAAAUCUUUUGGUGAACCCACAUACACAUCAGCUAAAACUGUGUGACUUUGGAAGUGCAAAAGUUUUGGUGAAAGCGGAGCCGAACAUUUCAUACAUCUGCUCUAGGUAUUACAGAGCCCCUGAGCUCAUAUUUGGAGCGACCGAGUAUACUACAGCUAUUGAUAUUUGGUCUGCGGGCUGUGUUUUGGCUGAGUUACUUCUCGGGCAGCCUCUCUUUCCUGGUGAGAGUGGAGUAGACCAGCUCGUUGAAAUCAUAAAGGUUCUGGGCACCCCAACUAGGGAAGAAAUCAAGUGCAUGAACCCAAACUACACUGAAUUUAAAUUCCCCCAGAUUAAAGCUCACCCAUGGCACAAGAUAUUUCACAAACGCAUGCCCCCUGAAGCUGUUGAUCUUGUCUCAAGACUUCUGCAGUACUCUCCUAACCUACGAUGCACAGCUCUGGAGGCCUUGAUCCACCCCUUUUUCGAUGAGCUACGAGACCCAAAUACUCGUCUGCCAAAUGGACGUUUCCUACCCCCACUGCUAAACUUCAAGCCUCACGAACUGAAGGGGGUGCCCAUGGAGAUUUUGUUGAAAUUGAUUCCGGAGCACGCAAGAAAGCAAUGUGCAUUUCUUGGGUUGUGAUUUGGUACCUGUAGCUCCUGUUUCCCCAUGACAGAAAUUAUCGCCGUUGUGAACAAGCAGGCUGCCCUGUAUAUGUGGAUCAUGCUGAAUCCCUGUUUUUAUUUCUCAUCACGCCACCCAUUCUCAUUUGUUCUCCCCCUCCCCCUCACUUUUCCCCACCUACUGGCAACAUUAUGUUCUGUAAUAGCGAUAAGAAGAGUGCUUAACCUUCCCAGAAUCUUGAUGGGUGCACUGACCCUUGUUUCUAAACCACAACAGGUUGUAAGUUGUAACAUUAUAUAGAACAGAAAAUGGUUGGCUUCCCACACACUAAAUGAUUUAUUGGGCAUCAGCAUCCAAA